GGCGUAGUACUUUCGGGAAGUAACUAGUGUGAUCCAUUUUAUUCGGAAACUUUCCCAUGUCAAAACCUGCCAAAAAGUUGCCCAUGUCUUUUUGUUCGUUUUCGCGAGGUGAAAUCUAUAAAGAUCACUUUAAAACGGGUAUGUAUGUUUGUGUUAAGUGCGGCUAUGAGCUGUUCGCCAGUAAAUCCAAAUAUGAACACUCCUCACCCUGGCCUGCCUUUACGGAGCCCAUUCACGAAAACAGUGUCUCCAAACAGGAGGAGAGACUGGGGGCAUACAAGGUUCAGUGUGGCAAGUGUGGAAAUGGCCUGGGUCACGAGUUUGUGAACGAUGGACCGAAACGUGGGCUCUCACGAUUCUGAAUAUUCAGCAGCUCACUCAAGUUCAUCCCUAAAGAGAUGGGUGAACAACAGAGUGAGCUGGUUGAAGGAGUGAAGAUGGCUUAGGUAGCUGUGGAACGGCUCUGUUGUGCAGGUGUUCUAUGAAGUGUUCUGUUAUAAAGUCCUCAGUGGACAUUCGGGGCACUGAUGUUUAUGGCCUCACUGGUAAACAAGUCGGCUCUAAGAGAAGAAUUUGACAUAAGCUGAUGUCAGCACACACGGAGGAGCAGUGUGUCUUUUGGGUUAAUUUUUAUAUGAAGUUUUUAAACUGUUCAUUCAUAAAAAGAAUAAUUCACUGCUUUCUCUUUAGUCUGGCAAAGCCUACCACACAAUCUUAUCAUUUUAAAUGUUUAUUGCAGGAAAUAAAAGUAAUGUUUUUAGCCUGCUGUGACUGAUAUUAUGAUUUGCACAAUUUGUGCACUGGGUAAAAUAAAUGUUUACAUGUAAAUUCG